UGAUUCUCAUCAACCAUGGCUGUAGAAGGGGAUCGAUGUGUCCAAGUUCUACUGUUCUUUUUCAACUUCAUUUUCUGGUUGUGUGGCCUGGCAUUGAUUGUUGUGGGAAUCCUGGUUCAGGUGUCUCUGCACAAGACCUUCGUGAUCAAAGAUGCAGCGACCUCAGGAGCUCCCAUUGUGGUCAUCAGCAUCGGUGUGGUGAUUUUCUUCAUCGCCUUCUUUGGCUGCUGCGGAGCCUGGCAAGAAAGCUACUGCAUGGUCACCACGUUUGCCGUCCUUCUGUCACUGAUCAGCAUUGUUGAGAUUGCAGCAGCAAUCACUGGUUAUGUCUACAGAAAGAAGGUCUCCGCUAUCGUCCAGGACAGCCUCACUGAAAUGAUUACCAAUUACAAAAAUGGAACAGAUCAAUUCAGACGAGCUGUGGAUGAGCUGCAGGAGGAAAUGAAAUGCUGUGGUGUGAACAGCUCUGCUGACUGGAGAAACUUUGCCCCUGAUGGAGACACAGUGCCCGACUCAUGCUGCAAAAAUGUCACUGCAGACUGUGGAGUAGGAGCCAUGAUGGACGCCGCCAAAGUGUACACGGAUGGUUGUCGUCACAUUAUGGAAGAAUUCCUGCAGAAAAACCUCCUGUGGGUGAUCAUUGCAGCUCUUGUUAUUGCCUUCCUGCAGAUAAUGGGCAUCGUGUUUGCCUGCUGCUUGAUGAGAGGCAUCCGCAGCGGCUACGAAGUCAUGUGAUUCACGCCUGAGUAGGAGUUGACUGUUCAGGUCACACUUCCAGGGAGGUUUAUUUGGAGUCUUGUAAUAUGUUCAUCUUAUAUUUCCCAUACAACGCACAGAACAAUAUAUUUUUCCCAUUUACUGAUUUUAGACUGUUCUUUCAUAGGUUAUUAUCUCUGCUUUAAUCCUGGAAUUGCAUAGAAAUGGAAAAUAGAAGACAAUAUUUAUGUUCAGCGAGCUGUUAGCGCCUGUAUGUUCUUGGUUAUGGGAAAUUUCAUUUCAAAUAGUCAGACCUAUCUCCAGCACUGUGUUAAUGCUGUGGAGAAUGGUCUGACUGCACAUUCACUAUUCUGCUAUAGGUUGAGAAAACGCUCUGGCUCAUAUGUAGUUCUUUAAAGCAAUCACAAUUUACGUGGGCGGUGCUAAGCCCAGCAUGCAGCUACUGCAAAAUAGCAACAGGGGAAUAAUUUUGUUGGAACAUUUGCAGACAGGAAGGUGAGCACUGUGUUGGGCUCCUUCCUACACAGUCCAAACCUUCAGCAACUUUUCAAGAAGGCGGUUGCUAUCUUCAAGGUUUUUGUUUCCCAGAGCAAAGGCGAUUUUAAAAACAGUUAAUGCAUGAAGGAAACGGCAGGCUUAUACUCUCAGUGUAGAUCCAGUGAAUCUGACUGCAGGGAAUUCUGACAUCUGUUUUUGUGCUUGUUCUGUUCCACACUUUAAAACUGUUUUGGUGUUGAGUUUUUAUGUUUUUGCUGGUUUGCAGUUUCUGUUUUUAAUAAAGACUUUAAAUUA